AUGACGACAGAGCCAACGUCAACAACUGAACCACUGAUUCAACAACAGCACCGUAUACGACGUCUACUACUGCAGAGCCUUGGACCUUGGACGACGACAGAGCCCACGUCAACAACUGAACCACUGACUUCAACGACAACAGCGUAUACGACGUCUACUACAGCAGAGCCUUGGACGACGACAGAGCCCACGUCAACAACUGAACCACUGACUUCAACGACAACAGCGUAUACGACGCCUACUACAACAGAGCCUUCGAACGACGACAGAGCCCACGUCGACACUGAACCACCAACUUCAACGACAACAGCGCAUACAACUGAACAACUGACUUCAACGACAACAGCGUAUACGACGUCUACUACAGCAGAGCCUUGGACGACGACAGAGCCCACGUCAACAACUGAACCACUGGCUUCAACGACAACAGCGCAUAAAACUGAAUUGCUGACUUUUUUGUUUAUUUAUUUAUGUAUUCAAUUUGCACAGUAA